UGUACGUAAAGGAUUCAUGUGAGACAGCUAAGACAAGACGACUUGCCUCUUCUGGGCUACUGCUAAGGGCAGGAGAAGGACCGAGGGACGAGAAUAUCGUAUGACGGUGAAUAUCUGACUUGAGGAUUUUUGCAGGAUUGUAGGUGUUAAACCUGGACAAAGGAUGUUUCAUCUGGGAUAGGGUGCUCUGCACUCACCCUGCAGAGUCAAAAUUGAGAUGGUGGCACCAAUAUAAUGAGGAUGAGCCAGCCAGAAGAAAGUGAGAUGAUUCCACAUGAAGACUUCUGUGACUUUCUGUGCUAAUGACAAUUUGUACCAUAAGGAGAAGGCAGAAUUAAAAUACAAAUAAAAGGACAAACUGUCAAACAAUGGACUUCUUGACAUCAUACCUCUCUUAAACCAAAACAAUCCAGAGAAGUAGCACAAAGUAAGCAAGGACACAUAAAGACCGCCAUCAUGAAGUCCCACCAGGAACGCAGUAAUGAAUGCCUACCUCCAAAGAAGAGAGAGAUCCUGGCACUUGAGGAGAGACAGGUGCUGGUAGCAUCAACCAUGAAUGAAAGCCAAAGUGGGGAGAAUCUAGCAUGGCUUGCUAGUGUAGCCAGCAUGGCCAGCAUGGCCACGGUUACCAACCAUGUUCCAUCAAAGAACAACAAUAUUGAAGCUGACAGUCCUCAACCACCAUCAGCCAAGGCUCAAACUAUAGUGACAGAGUACCUACCUUCCACCUCUGCUUUCAACAGCAACUUGUCAUCUUAUUCAAGCUCCACACCCAAAGGCGGCCUUUCUGGGGCUACAACAAUAACAGCCAACCCUGCUGUCCUCUCCUCCAAUCAUCCUCAAUCAACAGCAUCCAUCCAGCCUAGCCAGCUUCCUAAUCUACAAAUUAUCGGUCCUUACACCAGCUACAUUUCCUCCCAGAUAGUGCCGACUGCAGCCAGUCCAACCCAGUCAUGUGGACCCACACAAGAGGUCUAUGCCACUACUGCUGUCAUCCCACAGGCUUCUAAUGGAAACCCACAGAAGCAACAUGUUAUUUCAGCCUUACCUAAUGUAGCUCAAACUACCAGCCAGUGUAUUCAGGUAGAGGGCACUCAUAUUGGUUUGCCAGUAAUCUCCCCAACUUCACAAAUACCCCUUCAACUUCACCCUCAUUCAGCUGUUCUGGCUUCUCAUGGCCUGACUCUUGCUCCCUCUCAGGUUCUUGUGCAUUAUGCCGAUGGCCUCAUCACCAAACAACCUGACUCUCAGAGCAGAGACUUGCAAAAUGGUGCUCUGGAGGAGGUCACGGUGGUCAAACACAGCACUAAUAUGGUAAAAGGAGUAUCAAACAAACCAGAGAGUGAUAUCAGCCAAAGGUAUAAUCAAAACCUGGGCCUUCAGACCCAAGCUCAGGUCUUGAUCUCUGCUGACUAUGCCACUCAUGACAGUGUAGGACUUCAGACAUCGGUCAUGCUAGUGUCAAGCAACCAUCUAGUGGCCAGUAACACCACUGAGCUUCAGAAUCCAUUAAAUAAAGAUCAAACAUCCCUGGCUCACACUGAAAGAACGGGACUUUCAGUGUCUAAGCCAAUCCCCAGAGUUCCCACUCUUACUCUCUCAUCAUCAGAAAACCUUGCAGCAUCAUCUCUAGCUUCAAACCUCUCUCCUCACACAGUCCUACAUACAUCUCCCCCUGCAGCUAUGCAGGAGCUCUCCACAAGCCUCUUCUCAACCACACAGCUGCCUAUUAUUGGCUAUAUUACUAGUACAUCCGGGGAAUCCCAGCAGGCAGUGGCUAGUUACCAUAGCAACCUCCCACAGCAUCUAAUAAUCUCAGGUAGCCCUUCCCUUCUGAUCCCUGUGAGUGCUGGUAACAUCAACACGUCAUCAUCCUCUGAGACAGUGGUUACUCGCUGUUCUAUUCCCACCAUUUCUCCUGCCAACAUACAGACUGUAGCCACAGGCCUUUCUCAGGCCUUUAUUAGUACAGCCACACCUGCUAUUACAACCUCUGUCAUUUCCAAUGGCAAAGAGGUCAUUGGCCCAGAGGUCCAACCCCCAACAACUGUGGUUCAGAAUUCCACCCAGAUGCAGCUGCCUGUUCUUUCAUCAGGUGUAGUGGCAUCGCCUGCUCGUCCAGCUCCUGUGCUUACCCCAACUCUUACAAGCCCUCAGAAUGCACCCCUAUCUCCUUCAUCACCGCUGCCUCCAUAUUUUAUGAAGGGAUCCAUCAUCCAGUUGGCAGACGGAGAGCUAAAGCGAGUGGAAGACUUAAGGACAGAGGACUUCCUACAGAGCGCAGAAGUAAGCAAAGAACUAAAAAUCGACUCAAGCACAGUUGAACGGAUAGACUCCAGCAGAACCCCCGAUGCAGUUAUCAUACAGUUCUCAGUUGGUGAACAGAAAGCACAGGUAUGUGUGGAAGUAGUGGUAGAGUAUCCAUUCUUUGUGUUCGGUCAGGGUUGGUCCUCCUGCUGCCCAGACCGCACUACCCAGCUAUUGGCACUAUCCUGUGCCAAGCUCUCCGUGGGUGAUGUCUGCAUAUCCCUCACCCUUAAGAGCCUGAGGAAUGGUGCAUUAAGAAAAGACCAAACCUUUGAACCUGUAAAGAACAAUAAUUACACUGAUUUAAAAGCACCCAAGACCAACGGACAAGUUGGAGAAAGGUCAGCUCAAAGAGGUAAUCAGAGAGAUGGAAACAUUGUUCGAUUAGGAGGAAAACAGAAGAGUGACAGCCCUGAGAGUUUUACUUUUAGUAAGAGUGUGAUCAUCUCAAUGGAUGGUGAGAAAAAGUCUCAAAGUGUAAUGAACCGCAAAAGAAGGUGGUCUGCUCCAGAAAAAGGGGAUAUAGGAAAGUCAAAAGAGGGCGAACUUCCUGUGGUUCUACCCAAACUAUCUUUCCUCUCACAAGAGGUCAAGGUCAGCAUAGAGGGAAGGUCCAGCAUGGGCACCUGUGGUCCUUCAGGUGGCUAUAAUGUGUCAACUUGACCUAAAAAAUGAAAGGUUUUGGAAAGGAAUCUUCAAAGCAGAGGCUUAUUGUUGUUAAAUCUAUAAAAAUACAUUGGACGGAUACAACUGUUACAAAACUGUGUGUGUUCUUCACUGGGCAAACAAAACACA